AUGAACGCUCGGAUUACCAAGCUCGUUUCACGAUUCCCAUGGGCUACCUCUCCACUGUUGAUCGGCGCGCCUAUGCGCGUACUAUCUGGACCUCAUCUUGCUGUUGCUAUCUCUGCCGCAGGAGGUCUAGGCUUCAUCGGACCUGGUGCGAAGACCGACGACCUUAAACCUGACCUAGAGACGGCGAAGGAGCUUGUCCGGAACGCAGAUAGCCUCCGCUCUGCAUCGCUCCUGCCUGUGGGCGUGGGGUUCCAACUCUGGAACGACACACUCGAGACCGCUGCAGAAUUGAUUAAGCAGUAUCGCCCUUGCGCUGUCUGGCUUUACGCGCCGAAAGACGAUGCCGAAUUCGAAACAUGGUCUGCAAAGAUCCGCAAAGCUUCGGAUGGGACGUCAAUCUGGAUUCAGGUAGGCACGCUCGGCGAGGUGAAGCGACUGCUAGAUCAGUCGCAGCAUCCGGAUGUCAUUGUUGUUCAAGGCGCUGAAGCCGGUGGACAUGGUCGUGCUGAAGAUGGACUCGGAGCAUUCACUUUGGUGCCGGAAGUCGUGGAAUUGCUGCACGAGCGUGGCGUCGACAUUCCAGUCGUCGCUGCUGGAGGCAUUGUGGACGGAAGAGGUGCGGCGGCUUCCCUGUGCCUCGGUGCCGACGGAGUUGCGAUGGGGACUCGAUUUUUGGCAUCCUCGGAAGCACGGAUCGGCAAAGGAUAUCAGGACGAGAUCGUUCGAGCUUCGGAUGGAGGACUAAACACCACGCGCACGCUACUUUACAACCACCUUCGAGGCACAUUCGGAUGGCCAAAGGAGUAUGCUCCACGGACGAUCAUCAAUCAGUCGCAUCAUGACCAGAAAGCCGGAACGCCAUUCGAGACGUUGAAGGAACGCCACGACGAAGCAGUCAAAGCCGGCCGUGGUUGGGGUCCGGACGGAAGGACAGCUACGUAUGCAAGCGCUUCCAUCGGGCUGAUCAAAGACGUCUUGCCAGCGAAGGAGAUCGUCAAGCAGACUCACAAACAAAUGCGGUCGCUGCUUGCGGAUCUACGUCAGCCAUUGGCGUCAAAGCUGUGA